AUGAGGCUGUGGUGUGUAUUCUGCCUGAUACUGGUGCUGCCCAGUGUGGACACUCCUCGUCACCUACCUGGGGAUGCUCCAUGUUUUAGAAGGACACCGGCUCAUGUAGAGGUUAUUGAGGAAAUGCUUUCAGCACUUCGUGGAGUUUGGGUCCAGGAAAGCGAGCUGAGAAAGGAGGAUUUGACUUGGUUUUGCAGUUUGCUCACACUGAUGGUGCUCCAAUCUCAGUCUUAGCCACACUAGCUGAAGAAGCCAACAAAGAGAAACAUGGCCUAUAUGAUUGGCACCCAACCAAAGGUAAAAUGUGUCUCUUUCCAAAUAUCAGCUUUGAAUAUAUGGCACAGAUAUGGAUCUGAUUCUGAAUGAAAUAGGAUGUUAUGUCUUGUCUACCCUCCGCCUUCCCUCUCCAAGAUCAAGUCCAUACUGCUCCUUGCCUUUCGAAACCCCAGAACAGGAGCCUUCAGCGCCAUCACUUUCACCAGUCAGUCUGCAGCCUUACAAACAGGUUAGAAGUCAUUACUUACUCAUUUACAACAUUCCUGAACUUCUUGUCUUUCACAUUUUAGAAGUCUUUCUUGUCUUACCAUAGACCAUUAAAAGACUGAUGUACUGCUGUUGGUAUCGGACUCCCACCUUACCCCAUUUCAGACGGUAUGUAUUUCAGAGGGAACACAGUUCCUAAUCCUAACAGGAAAGCCAUCAGAGGGCAAAAGUCACCUGAAAUGGCGAAUCAAUGUUGACACAAAAACACCAGAUACAGGUAAGAAGAACAUCUCAUCUUGUACAGCUUAUAGUGUUCAAGUUACAUGCUGAUGGAAGGAAAGUCUAUUAUAAAACUUAUUUACCCUUCUCAGGGCAAAAGCUGUCUGAACUACAAGGUAUCCUGAUUGGUGAAGGAAUAAGAAGUGAUGUCAGUGUCAUACCCCUGGUGCUUUUCUCAAUGGAUAGAGGAAUUAAUGAAAGGGCAGUUGGCUUUGGCUUUUUUUCAAAUGCAGCAUCUACAGUUGAAGUCGGAGGUUUACAUACACCUUAGCCAAAUACAUUUAAACUCAGUUUUUCACAAUUCCUGACAUUUAAUCCUAGUAAAAAUUCCCUGUCUUAGGUCAGUUAGGACCACCACUUUAUUUUAAAUAUGUGAAAUGUCAAACAUUUCAGGUAGCCUUCCACAAGCUUCCCACAAUAAUUUGGGUGAAUUUUCGCCCAUUCCUCCUGACAGAGCUGGUGUAACUGAGUCUCCAAACAUAACGAUGGUCAUUAUGGCCAAACAGUUUUAUUUUUGUUUCAUCAGACCAGAGGACAUUUCCCCAAAAAGUACGAUCUUUGUCCCCAUGUGCAGUUGCAAACCGUAGUCUGGCUUUUUUAUGGCGGUUUUGGAGAAGUGGCUUCUUCCUUGCUGAGCGGCCUUUCAGGUUAUGUCGAUAUAGGACUCAUUUUACUGUGGAUAUAGAUUAUUUUGUACCCGUUUCCUCCAGCAUCUUCACAAGGUCCUUUGCUGUUGUUCUGAGAUUGAUUUGCACUUUUCGCACCAAAGUACGUUCAUCUCUAGAAGACAGAACGCGUCUCCUUCCUGAGUGGUAUGACGGCUGCGUGGUCUCAUGAUGUUUAUACUUACGUACUAUUGUUUGUACAGAUGAACGUGGUACCUUCAGACAUUUGGAAAUUGCUCCCAAGGAUGAACCAGAUUUGUAGAGGUCUACAAUGUUGUUGUUUUUCUGAGGUCUUGGCUGAUUUCUUCUGAUUUUCCCAUGAUGUCAAGCAAAGAGGCACUGAGUUUGAAGGUAGGCCUUGAAAUACAUCCACAGGUACACCUCUAAUUGACUCGAAUUAUGUCAAUUAGAAUAUCAGAAGCUUCUAAAGCCAUGACAUCAUUUUCUGGAAUUUUCCAAGCUGUUUAAAGGCACAGUCAACUUAGUGUAUGUAAACUUCUGACCCACUGGAAUUGUGAUACAGUGAAAUAAUCUGUCUGUAAACAAUUGUUGGAAAAAUUACUUGUGUCAUGCACAAAGUAGAUGUCCUAACCGACUUGCCAAAACUAUAGUUUGUUAACAAGACAUUUGUGGAGUGGUUGAAAAACGAGUUUUAAUGACUCCAACCUAAGUGUAUGUAAACUUUCGACUUCAACUGUAGCUAUUAUUGUUAUUUUUCUUUAAAUGAUUGAAGUCAUAGAGAUUCUUAAAUUAGUGUAAUUGUCUUUCUCAGAGUGACACAAGCAAAGUCCCUCCCCUGCUCCCUCCAGGACCUAUGCUUUUCUGUGUGAGCUGCAGGAGUUCCUCAGUGACGUUCUGCCACCACAGACGCAGUCACAACUACGGGCUACUCCGGUCCCGCUGUACACUCUGCAUUCUCUCCCCACCCUGUCCCUUGGGGUGUCGUCCAGUGAGACCGUCCCGGCCGGGCUGCUCAACUCCUCAGCUCUCACCCUGUUCUCCUUCCCCACACUGGGCUCUGCUCCAGGGGCACACAGGGAGCUGGCCCUGCAGCCUGCCCUGCUGGAGGUGCUCAGGCAGAGACUGGAGGAGGUUGUGGUCCAGAUGAGGAUGAAGGAGGUGGGCAGAGCAGGGAUGGACAGGCUGAGGAGGCUCCGGGGAACUGUCCUUCCCAAAGAGGUUGAGGAACCACCAGCGGGUGAGCAGGCCUCAAUGUAAAUUCAUAAUGCAUGUCUGUGCAUUGAUUUAAUUAUCAAGUCAUUUAAAACCUUUUUCUUUCACUACUGAGCCCUGCUUCUGCUGAAGGCCCUGCAGACUGUGGUGGGAGCCUGGGAGAUGGAGAGGGGGCAGUAGGCCAAGAGGGCCCAGGGAAGGGACACCUGUGUUGGCUGCACAGCCUCACUGUCCCUGGAGAAAUACCUGCUGGCUCCUCCUGAGGUCACCAUCUACAACUACCAGGGAGUCUGCUGCUUUCCCCUGACCAACGGUAACAACCAUCCCCUCCUUCUGAACAACCAGGUCCAGAGGGGCCCUGGAGCGCUCACCCUUCUGUGUGCCUAUGGACAAUGAGGACCUCAAGGUGGUGGAGUUGGAUCAGGAUGGAACCAAGAUCUCCAUCAAACCCAACAUGGUGACCAAGGAGUGUGGUUGCCGCUGA